AUGCUUAAAGAUUCGAAUCCGAGCUUGGAAUCGGUGCUGCAUGGAAGCUUGUACGAUUGUUAUCCGGAUCAAUUGCAAGCCAUUGCCGUGGAAUUGUUUGCUUUGCUUACACGAGCCACCCAUCUGAUCGAUGUUCGAACUGUUGCAUUGGAAACAUUCGCCCACGACAACAGUUCUGCAGCGCAGAGCUAUCCUCCAAGUGAAGCAAAGUGUGCGCGGCUGAAGGGCGAGGAAGUGCCGCAGUCGUAUACGGCGACAUCUGCCAUAGAAGAAGUCAUACUGCAGCCACAAUUCACGCUCGAUGAUGCCGUCGCGCACUUCAUCUUAUUCUGUAUACCACCUGUACCCAAACUACAGGUAUUCAAUGCUUAUUUCCCAUUUGUAUUUGCUGAACUA